ACCAAAGACAGUUUGGAUGCAGAGAAACAUCAGACAUCAGUGAAGAGACUUCAGCCAGAUUUCACUCUGAAGAAUGGCAAACAUUUCUGUUAACACCACCCUCCUGGAUUGUGAUGACCUUCUGGGAAAGUAUUAUGACAAGUACACCACCCUCCUGAAUGACAGCCAUGUCGACCCCUCUCAGACUGAGUACUGUAUAAAUCUAAUGUUCAUCAUGCGUGUAGUGUCAUGCAUCAUCAUUUGUAUCGGUCUCCCUUUGACACUCAUAGCCAUCUAUGCUCUCUACUCUCUGGUAAAGAAUGGUCAUGUGGCUCCAAUCUACAUCAUCAACCUUUUCAUAUCAGACAUCAUUCAGCUCUGCUUUCUGAUCGUUCGGGAGUCUAGACCUAAGGAAUGGAUGAAAAAGAUCAUUGUGGGCCUUCCUUACUCAUGUGUUGUAUUAACUAGUGUUGGCUUCAUGCUGUGUAUUUCACUGGAAAGAUAUUUGGUCAUCGCCCACCCACUGUGGUACCGCUUCAGACGAACCAUCAGGAUCUCUGUGGCGGUCUGUGUUGUAGUCUGGAUCAUACCUCCCAUCUAUUACUCCUCUGUGUACCCCUGGCUUUCUGAUUUUGUCAGAAAUAUCGUCUUCUCCCUCUGCUUCAUCAUUCCCCUUCCACUGCUCAUAUUCUUCCUGGUUGGGACCCUCAGUGCUCUCUCUACUUCUGUCUCAGUCCCCUCUGAUGAAAAACAGAGAAUCGUGGCAAUCUUAGUCCUGGUGCUGCUGAUUUAUACUCUGCUGUUCCUGCCCACUAUUAUUGUCCACAUUGCAAGCACAAAGUUUUAUGAUUCCACUCUACAUGCCCUGUCUAACAUGUCUCUAAGGCUGAGUCCACUUGCAGACUUACUUCUGUAUGUUUUCAUCAAAAAAGAGACCUUUGAGAAGCUUUGGACCUAUGUGUGCUGUUGCAGAAAGGAGAACAAUGACACCAACACCAACACAAUCAAUCUAGACCACAUGUAGACCAGUGGUUAUCAGUUAGGGGGGUUGAGCCAAAAAGUAGCUCAUUGAGCUGUUUUCAGAAGGUCACAAAUAUGGGGGCCAGAAGUUAUGGAUGUCUGAGUGAGCACAUGUAUAUAUUUGAUUUACUCCAUUUUCCCAUAAUAAGGAGUACAUUUAGGUUGUUUCCCAAAGAUCUCAACUAUUUAUCUCCCUUGCUCGGGAUGACAAACCUGAGUUUCCCAAGAUAACUAGGUCAUUCCUCAAGAAAGAUCCCAAACUUCCCUUUUCAUGGGAAAGUGGAGUAAACUGACUUGAAUGCAUGCUUGUCUUCUGCUACAACCAUUCUUUCAAGCAUGUUUGUUUUGUGCUGUCUUGCUGGUCACACGUGUUUUGUUCCACCUAAACUGCAACAUCUUUUAUUCAAUCAUUUGAGUGGUUGAACAUUCGUCUACAUCUGGACCAGGAUUCUCAUUAACCCUUGGAUCCUACUAUGUCCAUUUUGCGGACAUUCAUCAUUUUUAUCAUCUUUUUUUUUUUCUAAGUAGUCAAAUUUUUAUAGAUUGAGGCAUCAAAUUUGGCCAAAAAUAAUAUUUUUCUUCAUAUUAAAAAAAAAAAAAAAAAAGUGUUGCCCACAGAACUCAGCUGACGCCAAAU